CCCACCGGGAGUCUGAUUCUUUAAACAAACUUUCCUGUUGGACUGACUGUUUCCCUUUCGCACUGCUGUGUCGGACCCAGACAAAAGGAGUUUGAGGGACUUCCAAUUUUUUAAAAAAAAUCUCAAAUCAAGGCCCAGAUUCAGCCGCCAUCAUGUCGAGCAAGCGUGCCAAGGGGAAAACCACCAAGAAGCGCCCCCAGAGGGCCACCUCCAACGUCUUUGCAAUGUUCGACCAGUCUCAGAUCCAGGAGUUCAAAGAAGCGUUUAACAUGAUUGACCAGAACAGAGACGGAUUCAUCGACAAGGAGGAUCUGCAUGACAUGCUGGCCUCUCUAGGUAAGAACCCCUCUGAUGAAUACCUGGAGGGGAUGAUGAGCGAAGCACCAGGGCCCAUCAACUUCACCAUGUUCCUCACCAUGUUUGGAGAGAGGCUGAAUGGGACAGACCCCGAGGACGUCAUCCGUAACGCCUUUGCCUGUUUUGAUGAGGAAGGAUCUGGUGUUAUCCAUGAGGACCACUUGAGAGAGCUCCUGACCACCAUGGGUGAUCGCUUUACGGAUGAGGAGGUGGAUGAGCUGUUCAGAGAGGCGCCCAUUGACAAGAAGGGUAACUUCAACUACGCAGAAUUCACCCGCAUCCUCAAGCACGGGGCAAAAGACAAGGAUGAUGAGUAAAAGGGGAAACCAGCUUCCUCCUGCACCACAAAUGAAUCCCCAGUUUUUACCUUCAUUGGCCUUGGAGGCCUUACAAAAAUUGAAUGGGAAUGUUUGUGUUAAAAUCUUUUUUAAAAAAAAGAUGUUGACAUUGUGUUACUUCAAUUUUUAUCAUAAAAGGUUUUAUAAAGGUAGGAGCUUGGAAUUCAUUUAGGCUCUGCAGUAGUUCUUACCCUUGUAGUUUGCUACAGGGAGCCUGGUUGGACUUUUUAGGUGCAUCAAACAUCAUGUUUGUGUGUGUAAUAGGCUUUUUUAUGGACUGCCAGAUUCAUUCAGUGCCAGCAAUGUUUACCUCCUCCUGCAAACCAGCUGCCACACCUGCACAAGCACUGCAUUAAGUCUGCAUAUUUGUGACAUUUGUAGCCCUGUAUGUAAGGAAUUGAUUAAAAAUUAAUCAUUCUUGUUGUUUUUUAAAAAACGUAUCUGUACUUCCACUUGUUUUUUACAAAGCUUUCCUUCUUCCAUCAGUUGGUUGUAUGUGUUUGUUGAAGGAUCAGGUAUGUCUGCAUAUGUAUUGAAGGAAUGUACGCUAAUAAAGGAAGUUCUUUUCAUGCCACUGACUGCAAAACA